AUGGUCAUCAUCGUCACCGGGGGUGCCGGGUUCCUCGGCUGCAAUUUAAUCCAGCUGCUUCUCGAAAAGAACCACGAAGUCGUCGUGAUUGAUUCACUAUGGACUGGAUCUCAAAGCACCCUCGAUAAUUUCCGAUCGGACAAGCGAGUGCGAUAUAUUCACGCUGAUGUACGAGAUCCGUUGCCGUGGAUAGACAACGUCGAGCAAAUCUAUCAUCUCGCGUGCCCUGCGAGUCCCGUGCAUUUUGAGACUCAACCGAUCGAUAUCUUGCAAACUUGCUUCAAUGGCGCAUCGAAUGUCUUGGACUAUGCAGUGAAACAUAACGCUCGAGUGCUACUCGCCAGCACAUCAGAAGUCUACGGCGACUCACAAAUUGCCUGCCAACGUGAAGAUUAUCGAGGCAACGUCAACUGCUUCGGCCCACGCGCCUGCUACGACGAAGGUAAGAGAGUCAUGGAAGCGCUUGGGUACGCCUAUCAAGCCGAACACGGUCUGGAGGUCCGCAUUGCACGAAUCUUCAACGCCUACGGCCCAUUCAUGGAGCCAGAAGACGGCCGAGCAGUCCCCAACUUUAUCAUGGCAGCUCUGAAGAGAGAACCAAUUACGAUAUUUGGCGACGGACACGCAACACGAUGCUUUCAACACGCCAACGACUGUGUUCGUGGUUUAGAGGCUCUCAUGAACAGUGAUUAUCAUGGACCAGUCAAUAUCGGCAGUGAUCUGGAGAUGGAGAUUAGUGAGAUUGCGGAUAUAAUAUCUCGCGUUGUGGCGGAGAAAACAGGAUAUGAGGAUCCUGUUGCUGUUCAGUUGUUGCCCAAGAGGGAGGAUGAUCCUAUUAGGCGGAAGCCAGAUACGAGUCUUGCUGAGAAGGUUUUGGGCUGGAAACCUAGGGUUUCGUUGGAGGAGGGAGUAGCUUUGACGGUUGACUGGUUUAUUCAAAGAGAGAAUGGCAUUUCGAGCAGGCUCUAG